AGAGAGAAAAUAAAUUUAUUAAACAAACCUUUAUGAACCUAUUGAAAUCCACCUGAAAGAAUCAUAUCAUAUGGUUUGUAAUAAUUUACACUUUAAAGCAAAUGAUAACAGCCACAACUUCUCCUAGUUGUCACUAGAAUAAGCAAAGAAAGAAAGAAAAAAAUAACCUUCAAAUCUCUAAAAACCCACCACAACACAAGCCAUGCCAUCUAUUCACAUCUAACAUCCCAUUAAUUAUAAGCUUUUUCUCAUCAUUUUCCCCCCUCAAAGUAAGAGGAGUAAAUAAAGAAAGCAAAUAAAUUAUUCGCCCUUUUUUUUUAGAGAAAUGGUGAUGAAGAGAAAAUGCGAGCUAUGUAGCAAUCUUGCUAAAAUAUAUUGUGAAUCAGAUCAAGCAAAUUUAUGCUAUGAAUGUGAUUCCAAAAUACAUGGUGCUAAUUUUCUUGUUGCAAAACACUCCAGAACUCUUUUGUGCCAUGUUUGUCAAUCUCCUACAUUAUGGACGGGUUCCGGGCCCAAGUUCGGGCCUACUUUGUCUGUUUGCCCUGCAUGCCUUAGUUCCAAUAGGGCUAUUGCAAGGCAUAGAGAUGUAAAGAAUGGGGACAACCAUGAAGAUGAAGAUCGUGAUGAUGAUAAAGAUGAUGGUGGUGGUAGUAAUGAAGAUGAUGAUGAAGACAACGAUGAUGGAGAUAAUGGUUCUGAAGAAGAUGGGAGUGACAAUGGUGAUGAUGAUGAUGAGCAUGAAGAUGAUGAAGAAAAUCAAGUCGUUCCAUGGUCAUAUUCGGUGUCACAUACACGGUAAUAUAUGUAUAGAGUUAGGUGAGACAAUACGUAAUGUUAUGUUAUUUUGUUGAUGUGUUUCUAAUUCAUGGUCAACAGAUAAUUAACCCGUUUUUGUGUACUCCCUCCGUCUCUAUUAGUUUACUUCUUUCUUUUGUACAAAGUUUUAGGAGAAAUAAUGUUGUGGGUCAUAGAAAGAAAGAUAAAUUAUUAUUUUAUAUUGAAGUUGAAUAUAUGUGUGAUGAAAAGUUUGUUAUCCCAUUCCAAAAAUAGCAAAACAAAGGGGUAAACUAAUAAGGAACAUCCUUAAAAUGAAUACGGUUAAACUAAUAGAUCAGGACGGAGGGAGUAUUUUAUUCUUGCUUUUCUUGAUAUUUUAGUGUUCUUUCUAGAAUGUUAAAAUUUUAUUUUUA